UUUACUCUGUCCAGUCCGUCCUCAAAUCGACAAUUUUCAAUUGAAUCGAAGCUCAAUUUGGUCGCCUCAGCAUCACCACCGCCAUUAUGCUCGCUCGCCGUGCCUGCGCGCGCGCGCUGCAUGGCCUCUCCGCCCCGCAGGCUUCUGCACCUCAUGCGCGUUACUUCUCUGUCGCUGCAGCUGCACAGGGGCCUCGGGCUCCUUCUCUCGGUGACAUCACGCCAGAUAGUGCUGCUAGCUUCAGCAAGAAGCAGCAAGAGUUCCGCGAGGGCUUGGUCGCCGCACAGAAGCAGAGAGAACAACAGGAAAAGGAAGCCCGUGACCGCGAACACGAGACUGGCAAGAAGAAGACUGGAGCCCUUACCUCACUGAUAUAUGGUACACCCGAAGGCCGAGAGCUCGACAAGGAUAUGGAGCGCAGCUUCUCGCAAGUCCUGGCUCGUGGCAAGUAUGUCCAUUCAAUUGUCUUCCACGAGGUAAAGCCGGACAAGGUGGAUGAGUACACAGAGCUGGUUGGCAACUGGUACCCAAAGAUGGCCUCUCUCCCAGAGAACAAGGUGCAUCUUGUCGGUAGUUGGAGGACGGAGGUUGGCGAUUGCAACACAUUCGUACACAUUUGGGAGUACCAGCGAUACGAGGGCUACCAUCAAUCAUUGCACAACAUUCAAAGCCAUCCAGAGUUUGCGGACUUCGAUGGGAAGCUGAAGAAGCUGAUCACCUCGAAGCACUCUUCUCUCAUGCAGGAAUUCUCCUUCUGGCCCACAACCUCACCCCGCCAGCUAGGCGGACUUUUUGAGCUUCGCUCGUACACCCUACACCCAGGAAACCUACUAGAGUGGGAGACGCACUGGCGCAAGGGCUUGAAGGCUCGCCGAGAAGUUAUGGAAGGGGUCGGUGCGUGGUUUGUGCAGAUCGGCGAACUGAACACAGUGCACCAUCUAUGGCAGUUCGCGGAUCUAGAACAACGCAAAAUCCGCCGCGAGCAGAGCUGGAGUGUAGAAGGCUGGGGUGAGACGGUUCACAAGACGGUGCCACUCAUCCAGUCGAUGAAGAGCAGGAUCCUGACCCCGUGCCCAUGGAGCCCAGUGGCUUAGGCGGAUCAGUGGAAUGGUAGACUUCACUGAGUCUCUUCGCGAAUGCGGUUGCAAAAUGUGAGAAGUUGCCAAGAUCAAGUAUGCACAGGUAUGCGGGACCAAACAGUAACUUCGCGCAAUUGCAAUAAGUAGUGUUCGAGAGCAAUCACAACACGACACAUAUCAGUCAAAAU